UUAAAAGAACGCCAUCAACUUUUAAAAAAAGUUGUGAAGCCAAUCAAGGGUAGUUUGGAGAUUUUGGUUCCUGAUGGUGGUCUUAAUGUUCAUACAACUGCUGGGGAACCAUGUUGGUCACGUGUUGCUCAUACUGUUGAUGAUGUUGAGACGUUUUUUAAAAGAACAAUUGAGAACAGAGAUGAAGGAAUUGUUUUGAAAGACCUUGGGUCCAAAUGGGAGCCUAGUGAUCGAAGUGGCAAGUGGAUGAAAUUAAAACCUGAAUAUGUUAGAGCUGGAUCUGAUUUGGAUGUUCUCAUUAUAGGUGGAUAUUAUGGGUCAGGUCGCCGUGGUGGACAGGUGGCUCAAUUUUUGAUGGGCCUAGCAGAACGCCCAGCCAAAGACACCUACCCUAGGAGGUUUGUUUCCUUCUGCAGAGUGGGUACUGGGCUAUCUGAUAAGGAGCUUGAUGAGGUUGUAAAUAAAUUAAAGCCUUUUUUCAGGAAAAACGAAUACCCAAAGAAGGGUCCUCCUAGUUAUUAUAAGGUCACAAAUAACUCAAAAGAAAGACCAGAUGUCUGGAUUGAUAGUCCUGAAAAGUCAAUCAUACUUUCCAUCACUAGUGACAUCCGUACAAUUCGUUCUGAGGUUUUUGCUGCUCCAUAUAGCUUGAGAUUUCCUCGUAUAGAUAAAGUGAGGGAUGAUAAACCUUGGCAUGAAUGCCUUGAUGUGGAAUCUUUUGUGGAAUUGGUGCAUUCUAGCAAUCAUACAACACAAUGGGGAGGAAAUCAACAGGAAAAUCAACCAAAAAGAUCAAAAUCAAGAGUUGGAGAGAAGAAGAAGAAGAGUGGCUCUAUUGUUCCUUCUCAUCUCCUUCAAACUGAUGUUUCUCAAGUCAAAGGACAAACCUUAAUUUUCUCAAAUAUGAUGUUCUACUUUGCAAAUGUCCCUUCAACACAUUCCUUGGAUUCACUUCACAAAAUGGUUGCAGAAAAUGGUGGUACUUUUUCAAUGAAUUUGAAUAAUUCGGUUACUCACUGUAUCGCUGCAGAAACUAGAGGGAUUAAGUUUCAAGCUGCAAAACGUCAUGGUGAUGUUAUCCACUACUCAUGGCUUCUUGAUUGUUGUUCACACAAAAAACUUGUCCCUUUACAACCCAAGUAUUUCCUUGUCAUUUCUGAGUCUUCAAAGAAGAAGCUACAGGAAGAGAUUGAUGAAUUUUCAGACUCGUAUUUCAUGGAUAUUGACAUUAAAGAUCUGAAACAGCUUUUGAAUAAUAUAAAAAGAUCCAAAGAUUCUAAAGCCAUAGAUCAUUAUAAGAAGAAAUAUUGUCCUCUUGAUAAAUGGUCACGUUUCAAUGGGUGCUGUAUGUACUUCUAUAUACCACAAAACUCUCUGAGUUUGGAUUGGGAAGAUUUACUUAAACUAACAAUGAAAAGAAUGAAGCUUCAAGUUUCCUUUUGUGGUGCCAAAAUCAGCAAUUAUAUUUCAAAUGCUACUCAUUUAGUGGUGAUGUCUUUACCAGGAUUUAAAGUUGAGUUUGAUACUAUAGCAAGAAGUUUCUCAGCAUCAGAGAGGCGUCUUUUAAGGGAUGAAAGUGUGCAUAUGGUUGAUUGUCAAUGGCUAGAAGAGUGUUUGGAGAAAGAUGAAAAGCUUCAAGAGGAUGAAUAUAUUUUGAAGCCAAGCCCAAGUGGUUUAUUAAUGGAAUCAACUUCAUCUGAUGAAAAUGAAAGCUUGUUGAGCUUGAAGAAAGAAGAUAAAGAGAAGAAGAAAAACACAGUUGAUGAAGAAGCAUCAGCUUUAGAUAAAGAAGACAUAAAGAGACAAGAAAAGGCGGCUGCAUCAGUCAACAAAAGAGGAAGACCAACCAAAACAAAAACAAGUAGUACUAGGAAAAAGACAGGUGUCAAGCCUCCAAGAACAAGGGUAAGAUCCGGAAACAAGGCGCGCAAAAUACACGAAUACAUAUCAGAUGAAGAAGAAGAAGAAGAACAAGGGAUUAAGCAAAAACAUGAAAUGCAAGAUGCCAUUGUUGAAGAUUCAGAGCCAUUGGUAAAAGAUGUUAAUGUAAAUGAUGAUGAUGUUAUGGAUAAGAAAAGUGAUAAAUUGGAAGUAAUGGUGGGCCCAGACCCUCUUCAAGCCAUGUUAUUAGACAUGAUUCCAAGCCUUGAACCAAAAACCAUUGAAAGUCCAAUCAUGGAUCCACCGAUUCCCAAGAGAGAAAUCCAUCAUAAUUUGGAUUCGAAUCCUGGGCCUUCAAAGAAGAAGAAAGUUAGUUACAAGGAUUUGGUAAUGGAUUUGCUAAAAGACUAGAAAGAUUAAACCAUCCUUGCAGUUGCACUUUGUGUGUUUUUUUGUUACUAUUAUAUGUAAAACUAUGUGUUAUGUGUAGCUUUCUUCUUUAAAGUUUUAUCUUGCGAAAUGACAGAAGUGUUUGUUUUUAUUGUUGAAAUGCUGCUAAAUAGUUUCCCAA